UACUUACGAUACCGAUGCCAUCUACCGAGGGUUUUUUUAUCCAGCCAAAUGUCAUUUCCAGUUCUCCGGAUCAUCGAGAAUUAUUAUCGGCGAUUCGUCUUGAUUCGAUAAACCGGCCGAUCGGCGAUUAGAAUAUCACGAAUAAUCCAACAUAAAUGCGACGUAAUCUUCAUGAUUUCAUGUCGUUUUCGAUAAUAGCGAAUCGCAAGUGUAAAUCUGCGAGUAUAUCAUCCUCGGGAUCGUCAACGCUACGCGCUUCUUUCUAACUCCUCGCAAUAAUUUAUGUCUGCGUCGGCAGUAAACAUGGCGGCGAUGGACGGCGAGACAAAACUCGACAUGUACGAUGAUGUUACAUACACUGUCGAUCCUCAACACAUUGAGGGUGAGAUGACAAUAGGUACAAAGCAGAAAUCAACUUUAGGAGAGCCAGAAUUUAAUACAUUAGAUGAACCCAUUAAAGAUACAUUUUUGAGGGAUGUUCGAGCAGUAGGCAAGAAGUUUUUCCAUGUUUUAUAUCCUAAAGAGAAAAAAAGUCUACUAAAAGAAUGGGAUCUAUGGGGACCAUUAAUAUUAUGUACAUUUAUGGCAAUGAUACUACAAGGUUCCACUGAUGCAGCAGAUAAUUCAAAUGAUGGAGGGCCUGAGUUUGCAGAAGUAUUUGUUAUUGUGUGGAUUGGAUCUAUGGUUGUUACAUUAAAUUCAAAGUUAUUGGGUGGAAAUAUAUCUUUCUUCCAAAGUGUUUGUGUCCUAGGAUAUUGUUUAUUACCAACUGCCAUUGCAUUAAUUUUAUGCAGAAUUAUAUUAAUAGCGCAGCAAACUACUCUUCUAUUCAUCCUGAGAUUUGUGAUCACUAUGAUUGGAUUUUUGUGGGCAACCUAUGCAUCUAUGGCAUUCCUUGGUGAUAGUCAACCCACAGGAAGGAAAGCAUUAGCAGUAUACCCAAUUUUUCUUUUUUACUUUGUCAUAUCGUGGCUAGUUAUAUCCCACACUACAUAAGAUGCAAUACUAUAAUUAAUCUGUCACAAGACUGUCGCAUUGCUUGGACCUUCUAUAUGAAUUCCAGAAGACAAAAAAAGAAAGAGCAGAAGGAAAUGCAAGUAUUUCAUAUAUGAUAUUUUUCAAGUUUCAUAUUUGAGCAUAUUCCAAUAUCGUGCUUUUGUGAAUAAUACACUAUAUAUAUAUAUAUA